AUGAAGUCUACAACCUUCCGCGGGGUGGAAGUCCCGAUCGAAUCUCUCAAUGCCCCCGUGAAAGGCAGAGAUGGCUACGCCGGUCUCAAUCCACGCUCAGAAACCCUCCCCAAGGGCUGGAAAUACCCACAUACUGACUCUCGCCCCCUCCCCUGCGACAUCCGGAUCGAUCACGACGUCGGCAUCAAAGUCCGCGACGGCACGACCCUCUACGCCGACAUCCUUCGCCCUCCCGGUUCGGAAAACGUCCCAGCCCUGAUAUGCUGGUCCCCCUUCGGCAAGAAGUUCAAUGGGCUGGCGUCCCUUGGCUACAUGACACCGUGGAACCUCGGCAUACCCGCCGGGACGCUCUCAGGGCUCGAGAAAUUCGAGGCACCAGACCCGGCGGAUUGGGUCCCAUGCGGCUACGCCAUCGUCAACGUGGACACCAGGGGUGCCUUCGACAGCGGAGGCACGAUGGUGAUCAUGGGGACGCAGGAAGCCGAGGACGGCUACGACGUCAUUGAGGCCGUGGCCGAGAUGGACUGGUGCAGCGGCAGGGUCGGCCUGGCCGGGAACUCGCACCUCGCCAUCGCGCAGUGGUUCAUUGCCGCGCUGCGCCCGCCCAGCCUCAGGGCCAUCGCGCCGUGGGAGGGCUGCGGGGACCUGUACCGCGAGCAAUUCGCCCGAGGCGGCAUCUACGCCGGGGACCUCUUCGACCGGCUCAUCGUCGAGCAUAUGCUCAAGGGGCGCAACGGGCUCGAGAGCUUCCGGGGCAUGUACGAGCGGCACCCGCUGGCCAACGCGUGGUGGAACGAUAAGAGGCCGGAUAUGGGCAGGAUCAAUGUCCCUACGUACAUCACGGGCACGUGGACCAACACAAUGCACGGGAUGGGCGCAAUAAGGGCGUGGUUGGAGGUCGGUUCGGAGGACAAGUGGUUGAGAUGGCACCCGUGGCAGGAAUGGUUUGAUCUCUGGGGGAACUCUCAGGCGAAAGCCGAGCUGUUCGAUUUCUUUGACUACUAUCUCAAGGAAGAGAAAAACGGGUGGGAAAGGACGCCGAGGAUGAGGAUGGCGUUGUUGAGGUUUGGCAACAAGGUCCCGCAGGCGAUCGAAAAUAUCGUCGAGGAGGACUUCCCACCUAAAAGAACCGAGUACAGGGAGUUCUAUCUCGGGCAAGAGAAGGAACUUGUGCCUGGGAGAGCACCGUCGGGCAGGGCAGUCGAGGUCAGCUACGAUUCGACCACUAGCGAGAGCGUCGGAUUCACGUACACCUUCGCGGAAACGACUCGCAUUAUGGGCCUACCAAAGGCGGUCUUGUACAUGUCCUGCCCCGAACACGACGACAUGGACGUGUAUGUCAUGGUUCAGAAACUCGACCGCGACGGCGAACAGAUGAAGAACCUCAACAUCCCGUGGAACGGGAUUCCGGUCACGUCAUUUGACGAGUUCUCACCCGAACAGGAGACGGAGGUCGUGCUGUACAAGGGCCCUGUCGGGAUUCUGCGCGCUUCGCACCGGGCAAUCGACGAGAGUAAGAGCAUGCAUCCGCAUUGGCCGUAUCACCCCCAUGACAGGGAGGAGAAGAUUACUCCGGGGCAGGUGGUGAGGUUGGAUAUUGGCAUCUGGGCUACGGGAAUUGAGUUCGAGGCGGGGGAGAGCGUUAGGGUGGUUGUUAGCGGGCGGAGUUUUGCUGUGAACAAUUUUGGGCUCGAUCAUGGGCUCAAUCGGGGACGGCAUGUUUUGCAUUCGGGAGGAGAGUAUGCUAGCCAUGUGAUUCUUCCGUUUGUGUAA